AUGGUUUCGCGCACCGACUAUAGCCACAACAAUGAAACUGCGUCUAGAAAUCAUGGCAGUAUUAAGCAGCAGAUCUCUUCGGUACACGGGCAGCAUGAAAUGACAAUGGAUAAGAAACGUGUCUAUAUGGAUGGUUCAGUUUGCAAAGAGACGGCCACAACGACUAGCUUCGACGCUCACACUGUCAACAUUGAGACCGCUACCUGCCUUUUCACCGGCAAAGUCCUUCACGAGAAGGACCAGUACGGCAACGAAGCCGUGUUUCGAUAUGACACACUAGGGCGUCUUGUUGAAAAGACAGUCUCACCAAGAACGGAAUAUGAGGCAAGCCGGAAAACCCUGUAUGCCGUGGCUGCAGACGGUGUCGGUUACAUUGUUACUGAGACUGAUACAAAAGGGUCGCAGACCAGGUACAGCACCGACGGGAUGGAGAGAGUCGUUAGGGUUGAACGACAGAGUGUUGUUCAUCAUCAAGGCACGUCAAUGGCUGUGGGCCCGUUCCAGGUCAUGCAAGAGAGUUUCUACAAUGCAGUCGGUCAAUGCAUUCAGGUCGACAAGAUGGACUGGCUCGGACAGGAUGAUCAAAAUACAUCCAAGCAGAUUCGAGCAGUGACCAAGAUGGAGUAUGACGACUGGGGGACCAUGUGUCGUUCUACAGAUGCCACGGGCACUGUGAAUCUGGUGGCCAAGGAUCCCAUAUCCAUGAUACAGACGACCGGCAUGGCGGGUAAGGGAAGGACGGAGACGAAGCUCAACAUCUCUGGAAAACCCAUUGAGGUACUGCUGCGCAAAUCGGAUGGCGCAGUACAUCAGAGGUCGAGCUAUAUGUACGAUGGUUGGGACCGCCUCAUCGAGAAAAGGGAUGCCUUGAAUCGCAUCACAAAGUACAUAUAUGACAGCUUUGAUCGCGUCGUUGAGACGUUGGGACCAGAUGACAGCAUCUCCAAAACGGAAUAUGCCUCCUAUACCUCGGCUACUCUACCUACAAGAAUGGAGUCACAAGAAAAGACCCUCGGCAAGCUGGAAUACGACGGCCUGGCCCGUUCAACGACAAAGACUGUCGGGAAGCGAACCUCGGUGGCCAUCUAUGACACGGAAGGGCCGCGUCCUACGCAGAUCACGAUGGCGGAUGGAAACCAGCACAGCUUCUCCUAUGAGCCUGCCCUGCAUCAUGCUCUUGUGAAAAGGAAGGGCGCGGAAGGCGAAGUAGCUUUCCAGUAUGACAAGCAAACGUCGGCGUUACUGCGGUUUGAAAGCGAGGUUGCCGCCGUCAGCCGAGCGUAUUCGCCGUCAGGCUUGCUCGCCGAGGAGACAUUCGAGAUGCCAGAUGGAAGGACUCUGUCUGCAUCUUCCACCUACUCCACCGCUGGGCUCCCCUGUUCCUAUGUGGAUGUUCACGGACAUAAGCGCGAGAUAGAAUACGACGGCUACGGCAGAGUGCUGCAGCUCACUCAAGGUACGGUCAAAGUCCACUUCGAGUAUAACCAAGAAAACCUAGUCUCGAAGACCAGCAUCCGAGACGAUGGCGGAGGACAAGAAGGCCACGGCCUGCAGAUUCAGGUGUUGUACAAUGAUUUCGGCCACGAGGUUGAGCGAUGUGUCCGUCAUGGGGGUGAUGGCCCCGUCAUAUAUAGGAUACGACGGAUGUUCAAUGUUGCCAACCUGAUCACCUGGCGCAUAAUGGAAGAUGCUCAGGGCCAUGUGUUGCGAGACGAGGCAUUUGAGUAUGACAUCCGCGAUCGCUUGGUAAGUUACUUGUGUAAAGGAUCACAGUCCCCGGAGGAUGAGAACGGAUGGAAAUUGCACAAGCAGUCCUUCAAUUUCGAUGGCCUCGACAACCUCAUCCAGAUUCACACGAGCGCUUGCGACGGUGCCGAGAAUACCAGGAACUACCUGUAUGAUCCAGAAGACCCGACAAAGCUGAUAUGGAUCACCAACACCAACAAGGAACUCCCUGAGGUUAUAGACCUUUUGUACGACAGCAAUGGGUGUUUGGUAGGUCACAGGAGCCGUCUACGACAAGAUCCACGGCCCGCCUCCGUCAGACGCAUCGAUGGCCAUAAACUCCUCCGCUGCCAGAGCCAACGACUCUUCCGCAGCCCAGAGUAG